GGCGGCCCCUCCGAGGAGAAGCUCCUGCCCGGAGACCAGAUCGUGGCCAUCAACGCCGAGGACGUGAGCGAGGCCCCCCGCGAGCGCUUCAUCGAGCUCGUCAGGAGCGCCAAGGACUUCGUGGUCCUCACCGUCCUGCACACGCACCAGUCGCCCAAAUCUGCUUUCAUCAGCGCAGCUAAGAAGGCCAAGCUGCGCUCCAACCCGCCCAAGGUCCGCUUUUCCGAGCAGGUGACGGUCGGCGAGACGGACCCAGACAUGCUGAAGAAGGACGCGCUCCUCCUCAUCCCCAACGUGCUCAAGGUUUUCCUGGAGAACGGGCAGAUCAAGUCGUUCACGUUCGACGGCCGAACCACGGUGAAGGACGUGAUGGUGACGCUGCAGGACCGCCUCUCCCUGAGACACAUCGAGCACUUUGCCCUGGUGCUGGAGUAUUCCAGCCCGGAGCAGAGCCACCGGUUCCUGCUUCUCCAGGACAAGCAGCCCCUGGCCCACGGGCUGCCGCUGGGGCUGGCCGCGCUGCACAUCUACAUCACCGUCUCGGCCACCCGGCCCAGCCAGAAGGUCUCCCUGAAGAACGUCGAGAAGGAGUGGGGCCUGGAGCCCUUCCUGCCGCCCUCGCUGCUGCAGCUCCACCCCAGGGCUCUUGCGCCGCCCACCUCCGCGGGUCUCAUCGCGGGCUACUGCCGGCUCCUGGUGGACUCCAAGAGGCUGAUGUUCUCGAGGCCGCCCGGGCAGCCGCCCCCGCCGCACCUGAUCAAGGCAGGCAAGGAGCGCAUCCCUCUUCCCCGAGCUCCGUUAAAGCCUCCUGCCAAACCGCAGGGCUCCGCGAGCCGCGUGCUCCGCAUUGAUGCCGACUGUCCGCAUCCCCCGCCGCAGCAGACGGCAGGUCUUAUCGUCCUGGCUGCCAUCACUCCUGAGUCAUCUUUGGAUUCGGGCCACGAAACCAACUCGUCGGAACUGACGGAUGUCUCCGAGAUGGUCUCCGCUAUGAAGCAGCACCAGAACGCAGCCUACUUCCUAGCUCAGCACAUCAGCAAGGAGAACCUCCUGGCGAGGAAGGACUUGCCUUUCCGCAUCCAGAGCUGCGCUGCCCAAGCCGUGCUCGCCUCCCCCUACGCCCUCGGCCACCAGGAGCUGAACCCUUCGCUGAAGCCAGAUUGCUCCCACCAAAGCCCCAGUCUUAGCAAUUGCAAGAGCAAACAGGAGCAGCAGCCGGUGGAGCGGAGCUGCCCCGUGGCCCUGCAGCCAGCGCUGUCCCCUCAGCUCAGUGAGCAGAGCAGGGCGGCUUCAGGGCCACCCUCUGAGUGCAAAGGGACCGGCCACACGAGAGCCGCCUUUGAGGUAUCUCUGCACCCCGCAGCAGCCUCGAGCGGGGAGCAGGCCCAGGAUUCACGAGAGACGAUGCCCAAAGAGGCCCGGCCGAGCCCCAGGCUCCUCUUGGACCAGAAAAGUGGGAUAAGCCCAGCCUUCAUUGCAGCCGCUCUGCAGCAAGUGGCAAAUGCGAAAGGCUCCGCUUCCCAAGCGGCGGCAGCUCCAAAAGAAGACAAGAACAUCGACGGGACCAGCGGCUUUGCGUCCUCCGGCGGCAGGUCUGUGAAACCUAAAGGAGGGCAGCAAGUUGAAGACACGUUGUGCAACUGUCAGCAGCAGCAGCACAGCGAAGCCUCUGCAAGUCCUAAGGAAGCUCCUGGCAGCAGGGCUGAAACAUCUCACCUUGCCUCAGUAGGGGAGGAAAUGAUGCCCAGUAAGACUUUUCCCUCUAAAAGCUACCAGCCAAAAGUGAGCAGGGAUCCCCUAGGAAAAGCUCCAAGUGGAGAGCAGGCUCAGAAGGCAGAGGGGGAAGCCACAAGCCUUGUCUUUCCAAGACACGUGGCUCCUCCAAACCCAGGGGAGAAAAUGCAGCAGGAAAACUCAGUCAAAAGUUUCAAAGCUGAGAGUGGCUGUCUGCACUCUCCAUCCCUUGGCAGCACUUUCAGGAGCACCAGUGAGGAUCCCAAAGGACCGAUCCAGCUGGUGCCCAGGCCCGAGGGCCUGCAGAUCAGCACUGUGCCUUCCAAAAAAGCAGAAAAAGUCCUGGAGAUGACCCAGCAAGCUGCUGAUGUCCCAGCUAAACCCAAAGCUCCCAAAGGUCCCUUCAGGUUGAGGAACCUCUUCUCUGCAACGUUUCCGACGCGGCUGAAGAAGGAGACGGACGAGCGGCAGGCCCAGCUGCAGAAGGUGAAGCAGUACGAGCUGGAGUUCCUCGAAGAGCUGCUCAAGCCCAAGGGCAAGGGCGACCUGCCACCCCAGGAGUAUCUGCAGCCUCCUGCUCCCGGGCGCUGCAGCUGCCAGCUGAGGAGCAGCCCGGUGCAGAAGGUCCCCGGCAUGUCCCGGGAGCAACGGCGCAGCUGUGACUGCAAGCGGAUGUGCAGGGGGGUGAGGCCACCCUCUAACCAGCUGGUGAUGCCAGAACUGGAGAGGCGAGGGAGGGAGAAAGCUCCGGACGACCAAAAGCAGGUAGAGGCAAUUAGGUUGACAAGCAUGAGCAGCCCGUCCACAGGCAAGCGGAUACGAUCGACAAGUUUGGAGUCCAGAGAUUACCGGUCAGAUCCCGAGAACGGCGUGUCGUGCUUGAGCACGUGCGCUUCCCGGGGGGAAUGCAUGGGUGCUCCCCACUACAAGAAGCUCCUGCGUCGCUACAGCGUCAGUGAAAUAGAUAAGACUGACAGGACAUCUCUCUCCUCAGAGAUCUACCAGAACAUCUACACCGUGAAGCAGAAAGGCCUCCAGAAGGAGUCUGAACCCAGCAUCCACGGCUCUGUUCUGAAAAGCAAAAUCCAGGAAGCCUCUGGAGUGGCUGAUCCAUCUUAUGUCCAAAUAGCACAGGAGAAAAAGAACCAGAAAGGCUCCGCGGUGUUCUCUGUGCAGGAGGAGAUGUAUCCGAGUCCUGCUGGGCUGCGAGAUGAAGAUAUGGAGGAUGAGAAGUGCUGCUCCAUCCGGUACUGCUUCUACUACAGGAAAUGCGAUGUUGCGGAUGAUGGGAGCGAGAAGGAUGAGCUGUCCUAUUCCAUCCCCAUGCAGAUACUCCCGGGAAUGAAGCUGGACAACCAGAUGGUCCCGGUCAUGAGCAGGACCCUUCAGGUUCUAGACGCAACGGCCUGCAGCAGUCCCAAUGGUAGUCAAACCCAGGAAAUAGAUCUAAGGUCCUCCACUUUUGAAGGGAGCCUGGCAAAAAUCAACACCCUUCGCGGCCAUGCCUACAGCUUGCCCAAUGGGUUCCUGCAGGUGCAGCUGGACACCAACGAGCUCCUGAUGAUCCUGAGGCAGUGUGUGGUGAGCCCUGAGGUGAGGGACUGCAAGCCCUACAUCUCCCAGCUGGCUGAAUACAAGCAGGAGCUGGCGCUCAAGUUCAAGGAGUUCCGGGCGUCCUGCCGCCGCGUGGCCGCCGUCGACAAGAGCCCCACUCACAUGCUCUGCGCCAUCACGAGCAGCUUCCAGGUGCUAAGCAGCCUCAUCGAGACGUUCGUGAGGCUGGUGUACAUCGUGCGCUCCGAGUCCCAGCGCCAAGAGCUGCUGGCCAAGGUGGAGGAGGUGGUGAGGAACUACACGUUCCUCCUGCGGGCCGCGGAGGAGUCCACGGCCCGCACGCUGAGCCAUCAGCAGGCGGCCGAGCAGUUCGCGCACCAGUCGGCCACGGUCGCCACGGUCAUGAGCACGCUCACACGCUCCCUGAAGACGCUCAUCAAUAAGUAAGCCGGCCAAGAAAGCCAACGAGCCCGUGUGUG